UUGCUUACUUUGCACAUAAGAGUGCGCGGGGGUCUAGUGUGUUGUGUUGAGUGCGCGCGCGCGGGAGAAUGGAGAUAGAGAAAGCGAGAUUGAUAAGUUUGGCACUUGAUUUCGGAUUCGAUGAAGAAACUGCCAAGACUGGUUUGGAUCAUCUUGUUCAUCUUUAUGGUGAUGAAGGUCAAGAAUUUAUCACUGUGGAGCACUGUGGCGAUGAUUUUCUUGUGGCACUUGCUGAAUCAAUAAAAGGGAAUGAAGAUUGGGAUGAUUUACAAACCCUUGAAUCACAGGCAUGUGGAACUUUGGCUGACAUGUUUGACAAGGAUGUCCCCAACAAUCAUAUACCAGCUGUUGAUGCAAAUGCAAAAAAAAAUCUGUAUAUUAUACACGACUCACCUGAACCUCAGAAACGGCAAAACUUUAUGCAUUUAGAUUCUUCAAGUGACAAUGAAGAUGAAGAGUUCAAAAUAUUAGAGAAAAGUAGCAUCAGAUAUCCCCCCUCUGGCAGCAAGAGGGUCAGCCAGGAUUACAAGAGCAACAUUACUCGAGAUCCUGUUUCAUCCAGUUCCAACAUAAGUGCAUCAUCUGGGACAUUAAAUACCAAUGAAACUCUAAGUUAUGAGAUGUUACAGUCUUUGGAUGAUAUUGAGUUGGCAAAUGUUGUCAUAUUUGGUAACCGGAUUUUCCGUCCAUUACAACAUCAAGCUUGCUCAGAAUAUCUGAAAAAUCGUGAUUGCUUUGUUCUUAUGCCCACUGGGGGUGGUAAAAGUCUUUGUUACCAGCUCCCAGCUACCAUGCAACCUGGUGUGACCAUUGUUAUUUCUCCCUUACUUUCUCUUAUCCAAGAUCAGAUAAUUACACUGAACCUCAAGUUUGGCAUCCCGGCAACGUUUUUGAAUUCUCAACAAUCUGCCUCACAAGCUGCAGCUGUGCUUCAAGAGUUGAGAAGUGACAAACCAUCUUGCAAACUCUUGUAUGUGACUCCUGAGAGGAUAGCUGGGAACCUUUCAUUUCAUGAGGUCCUAAAAUGUUUGCACCUAAAGGGGCUUUUAGCUGGAUUUGUUGUUGAUGAAGCACACUGUGUGAGCCAAUGGGGACAUGAUUUUCGCCCAGAUUACAGGAUUCUAGGAUGCCUUAAACAAAACUUUCCAAAUGUUCCAGUUAUGGCUUUGACUGCCACUGCAACACAGUCAGUUCGUCAGGACAUUCUAAAAGUUCUGAGGAUCCCUAAUGCUACUGUCCUAGAGGCAAGUUUUGACAGACCCAAUUUGAAGUAUGAAGUGAUGGGGAAAACAAAAGAACCACUAAAGCAGCUAGGAGAAUUGUUGUUAAGCCGGUUUAAGAAUUUAUGUGGAAUAGUAUACUGCCUUUCGAAAAAUGAAUGUGUGGAGGUCUCUAAAUAUUUGAAUGAGAAAUGUAAAAUUAAAACGGUAUAUUACCAUGCUGGGUUAGCAGCUCGUCAGAGGAUGGCUGUUCAACAGAAAUGGCAUACUGGAGAAGUCCAUGUUGUUUGUGCUACAAUUGCUUUUGGGAUGGGAAUAGACAAGCCUGAUGUUCGGUUCGUUGUUCAUAACACAAUAUCGAAAUCAAUUGAAAGCUAUUACCAAGAAUCUGGAAGAGCUGGCAGAGAUAAUCUUCCAUCAGUGUGCACUGUUCUGUAUCAGAAGAAAGAUUUUAGUCGAGUUGUAUGCAUGUUACGUAGUGGACAGGGUUACAAAAGCCAAACCUUCAAGUUAGCGAUGGAGCAAGCUAAAAAGAUGCAACAGUACUGUGAAUUGAAGACUGAAUGUCGCAGAAAAAACUUGCUGGAACAUUUUGGAGAAGCCUUUGAAAGAAGUGUCUGCAGAUAUGGCUCCAGUCCUUGUGAUAAUUGUCUCAAAGCUUCUUCAUGAAGGUCUCUUAUAUUAUUUAAAACUGAUUUAGAGUUGGGUGAUGGUGGACAUUAAUUUAGGUUUGGGGUGAUUUUUGGUCCUCCUGUUACUAGCUUACCGCAUAUGUUAAGUACAUUAUGCAACAAGAUUGUACGUUUCCUCCCUUCUGGAAAUAGGAGUUUAUUAUAAAUAGGUGUUAGUUGACUAAAAUAGACUGAAUUACAGUCUAAGCAAACACAACUGAUUGGCAAAGUAUAUUUAUAAAAGAAAACAAAUUUUCUGAAACUUAA